CUCGAUGCAGACCUCCUCGCCCGCACUCCGGCCUACCUGAGCCCGCUCAAGGAGCGCGAGCUCGACCUCCGCGGCCACAAGAUCCCCGCCAUCGAGAACCUCGCAGUCACGCGCGACCAACUCGACUCGCUCGACCUCACCGACAACAACAUCCACCAGCUCGCAAACUUUCCCCUCUUGCGCCGCCUCUCGCAGCUCGUCCUCGCCAACAACCCGGUCCGCUCCCUGUCGCCCUCGGUCCCGACCGCCCUCCCCAACCUCCGCACCCUCGUCCUCCUCAACUCGGCCUUCCCAAAGGACGCCCUCGCCACCUUGGGCCACACCCUCGCCCAGUGCCGCAAGCUCGAGCACCUCGUCGUCCGCGGCGCACCCGUCGCCACCGCCGACCACUACAAGGACUGGCUCGUGUACCGCCUCGCCCACCUGCGCUCGCUCGACUACGAGCGCGUCACCCUCCGCGACCGACAGCACGCCAAGUCUUUGUUCGAGACCCCCUCGGGCGACCCGACCGAGCUCCACACGGCCUUCCUCGCCGCCGCCGCCCAGGGCGCCCAGGGCGCCGCCCCCUCGCUCGUCCCGACCGGCGGCGCGCGCACGUUCGAGCCGGGCGUCGAGCCGACCGAGGCGGCCGCCGCGGGCAAGGCCGGCAGGCUCCUCACCCGCGACGAGAAGGACCGCGUCCGCAAGGCGAUCGAGGGUGCCGAGAGCGUCGAGGAGAUCCGCCGGUUGCAGCGCAUGCUCGCGCAGGGCUUCGUGUGCGUCCUCUCGCUCGCUCGCUCCCUCCCUGCCUCGCGCCCUCUCGACACACGACACGUCCUGACGCACCUUGGUCGUUCCCCUCGUCGCCCACCUCGCGCGCAGCCCGACCGAGAAGGACCUGCGGGACCUCGACAAGCAGAAGCGCGCCAAGCCGGCAAACGGCGACGCCAUGCGCGAGUAGCGCACUCGCGCCCAUGUGGUCGAGCGACGACGAGGAGCGUCCGUGUGUACGACAGAGCGGGGCCAGCAGGGUCGAGCGGGGCGAGCGGGCGAAAAGCGGCGAGCUCAGCCGCGUGGCACGGUGGGAGGGAGCGAGGUGCCUCGAGCGGGACGAGGCGUUGUACUGUAACAUCUCUUCGACGCUGUGACUGUGGCCUUGCGCUCGAGAGAACGAGAGCCGGGCGCCCUUAG